GGUCCGAAAAAUAAAAAUUUACGCGACGCUCCUCUAGCAACCAGUACCACUAUGGUACCACUUCUCUUCAUCUAUUGUAUGAGAGUAACCUCUGUGAUCAGUGCGUGUUUGUGGCGUGUUUCAAACAUUGUUUAGAUUUUGUGUUCUAGCCAGUUUGAGUUUUUAAAGAAUCUUAAACUUAAAUCCUAUAGAAUUUGACUGGUAUAUUUCCUAAUAAACAUGGGCGACACGAAUAAGAAAAUCGUCUAUGUGGGUGGUUUAGCUGAAGAAAUAUGUGAAGAAGUAUUAAAAGCCGCGUUCAUUCCAUUUGGAGAUAUUGUUGAUAUCCAAAUACCACUAGACUACGAAUCAGAGAAACAUAGAGGCUUUGCUUUUAUCGAAUUCGAAACAUCUGAAGAUGCUGGUGCAGCCGUGGACAACAUGAAUGAUGCUGAACUCUUUGGAAGGACCAUCAGGGUGAACCUGGCCAAACCACAAAAAAUAAAAGAAGGUUCCACUCGACCAGUCUGGUCAGAGGAUACCUGGCUUCAAAAACAUGCAGGGGAAACAAUUAAGGACACGACAAACGAAAACGAGAAAACCAGCCAAGAUAUGGAGGUUACUGCAGAAGUGCCCCAAAAAAUCAUAAACCCUCAAGUCUAUCUAGACAUAAAAAUUGGAAAGACAGAAAUAGGCCGCAUAACAAUAAUGCUUAGGGCUGACAUAGUGCCACUUACAGCUGAAAAUUUUCGAUGCCUUUGCACUCAUGAAAAGGGCUACGGAUAUCAAGGCAGUAUAAUUCACAGAAUCAUUCCGGAUUUUAUGUGCCAAGGAGGCGACUUUACCAACCAAAAUGGCACGGGUGGAAAAUCUAUUUAUGGCAGGAAGUUUGCUGAUGAAAACUUCAAGUUAAAACAUACAAGUCCGGGAACAUUAUCGAUGGCCAAUUCGGGACCAAACACCAAUGGCUCUCAAUUCUUCAUCUGCACCGUGAAGACGGAAUGGUUGGAUGGAAAACAUGUAGUGUUUGGACAUAUUAUCAGUGGUAUGGAUGUUGUUAAACGAAUGGAAAGAUGUGGAUCGAAAACAGGAAAACCGACGGAAAAAGUUACGAUAUCUGCAUGUGGUCAAGUCCAAUAACUGUAUUACAAUCGAUUUUCAUAAUUUGAACUGGAAAUGUAUGUCUAGAUUAAUCUAAAUGUAUAUGUAUGUAAAAUGAAAUGUAUUAUUAAUUUAGCAAUUAAUAGUUUAGUAAUUAGCAACGCACUACAUAUGUCAGUUAUAUACUUGACUGUUUCAGUGUCAAAAUAUAAAUGUAAUUAAAAACUGUAAUAAACAAAAAGGGAAAUACUUUCAUAUUUCUUCCUGUA